AUGGUGCCACCUUUUGUUAAGCAGACAUGGGUGGUGCUUGGAGUCUUACUCAACAUGCUUGGUCAAGGUAUGGUCCUCAGUUACACAGCAUGUCUUCUGCCAUCACUGCAAGCGCCAGAUUCUGAUAUCAAAAUCAACAUUCACACAGCUUCAUGGAUUGCGUCAUGCAUCGGGAUCGCUGGCUUUGGUGGAUUCUUCGUAUCCUCGCUCCUAAUGGACACUCUUGGAAGAAAGAAGGCUCACGCUAUCGUCAUUAUUCCUGGUAUUAUUGGAUGGAUGCUGAUUUAUUUUGCUCGGGAUGUCACCACAAUUGUAAUCGGAAGGCUACUCGGAGGGUUUGCCGCCAGCGCCACAGUUUGUUUGGGAGCCGUCGUCAUCGGCGAAUACACGAGCCCUUCGAACAGAGGAAUGUUCUUGAACUUGAAGACCACAGCAGUAUGCUUAGGGAAUAUGGUGAUUCACGUCUUCGGACAUUUCUAUCAUUGGAGGACCAUUGCUCUUAUCGGGAUAGUACCGCACGCGGUAGCCUUUGGCAUUAUCAUGACCUGGCCGGAAAGCCCUUCGUGGUUAGCAUCUAAAAACCAGUUCGAGCAGAGUGAAAAAUCCUUCGAAUGGUUAAGAGGGACGAGCGAUAAGUCGCGCAAGGAAUUGGACGAACUGCUCCACGCGCAGAAAGGAAGAUUGGAAGAGAAGCCAAAAACACCAUCUUUGAGAAGAAACGUUGAGGAGUUCUUCCAGAAGUUCACGCGUCGUGACUUCCUGAAGCCUCUAAUAAUAGUCAUAUUCAGCGCUAUGCUUCUCGAAAACUGUGGCAGACAUAUCUUUCCCGCGUAUGCUUUGCAAAUUAUUUCAGAAGUCACUGGCAGUAAGUCCAACUCCUUCUAUUACACUUUGGCCAUUGAUAUAAUAAUUACAACGAGCGCAUUCUUCUCUUCUGUUCUUGUUAAAUUGAUGAAGCGGCGCACUUUGUUAUUGGGCACUGGAUUCGCCGCAUACGCAGUCUUGAUGACUGUCUGUUUAUACUUAUUUGUAGCAGCCAAAGGUGUGAUCUCACCAGAUCGUACGUGGAUCCCCAUUUCAAUAUUUGUGUUGUAUUUUAUUCUGGCGAAUUUAGGUUGUACACCUAUACCGUUGGCUUUAUUGGGCGAAGUGUUUCCCUUGCCGCAUCGAGGUGCAGGAUCUCUAGCAGCUGGUUUUAUUAUGUCCAUCAUGCUACUAUUUCCUUUACAAAUUACACCGUAUUUAUUAGAGAGUAUCAAAGUCUACGGUACGUUCUUCUUCUUUGGAUCAUUGAUGGGCAUCUCUUUACUGGUACUCUAUUUCAUUCUACCUGAAACAAAAGACAGGACGCUGCAAGAAAUCGAAGACUACUUCAACAAUGGAAGAUUUAAAGAAGAAGAUAACGAUGAGGUGAACGAGAAAAUGAUUAAAAAGUGA